AUGGCCUCCACACGUCCAUCCCAAAAAACGACAUCAUCAUCCGACACAGACUUCACAACAUUUACCGAUACCGGUGAAUCACUAACCAGCACUCCUUCUCAAAAUAUAGUAAACCUCGCUGAUCCACACGCCACUCAACAGCCAUCGGAAGACACCGGUGAUCACCACCCUAACAACGCCAAAGAUAUCAAAAAACAGUAUCAAAUACAACAAAAUGUUGUACCUGAUGUCGCCGCGGAAAUGGAACGCUGGUACGCCAUGACAGAUAGAUAUGGAUUCUUGGAAGACGAAAAAAGCGAGCUCAACGAGAAGUACUACUUGUUUAGACAAAAGGCAAAAGAAGUUGAGCGAUCCGAAAAGUGGGCCCACAUGGCCAUAGCCGUUAAUGCAGAAGGCAUACACGGUUUUCAUUGGUCAAAUAAGUUCAUUCAAAGAGUCUACAAAGGUAUUCCUGACUGUUGGCGGAGGGACGCAUGGUACUUUCUUUGCACGGAUGGGUUUCAAACGGCUAAAGAUGACAAAAAACUCCUCGAAACGUAUGCGCACUUGCUGUCAAAAAGUACUCCUCACGAACGGCAAAUUGAUCUGGAUAUUCCCCGGACGUUGCAUGGUCAUAUCAUGUUUCGAGAACGAUAUGGUUCAGGUCAACGAGCGCUCUUUAAUGUGUUGCGAGCCUUUGCUGUAUAUGACGAAGAAGUAGGUUAUUGCCAAGGAAUGACAAAUAUCGCCGCCAUAUUGCUCAUGUAUUACGAAGAAGAGGUACAAACUUUAUGA